AUGGAAUACUUGCAACCAGUCUCUGACGAAAGUGAAAUCUUCCCUCCUCCUCAGACCAAACAGUCUUCAACAGGUUCCGGCAUGAACCCUCCUAACCGCACAGACACAGCUGGUACCCAGACCAAACCCGAUGGCAGGUUUUCUCAUGCAGCAGUCGAGCAACCGAGGGCGUGGUAUGACAGCCAUUCCGACCACCCAUACCCUAGCACUGAAGACGUGCAUCACAUCGGUAAUCACACAGGUCUCAGCAGGCAGCAGAUACGAGAUUGGUUUGCCAACUCAAGACGCCGCGCCAAGAUUCGUCCCGGUACCAUUGCCGGAAGAUCAAGCACUGAUGUCGAUCCUGCGUUGCCGCGGAACAUCCCCCAACGGCGUCCUACACCUACUCCGCAUCAACAUCUAAACCCCCUUCAGCGGUGGGAGCAUUCUCCUCCAAGUGAUGAGGCAGCGUCCCUGUCUGACAUUUCCAACGCAAUUGCUCUCUCUGGUAGACCUACCGACCAUUCGACGAACCCUGAGGUAUAUUCCGACCGACUUCGGACCCCAAGCAGCGUUGUCACCUCACAGUCCAGCGCCGGAUCAGGCUCCUGCUCUUCAGCACACUCGCAAGGAUCUCAAAAUUCGUUUGGAUCUCGCGAGAGAACGAGAAAGGCUGCAGCAAAAAGAAGGCGACCAGCUCGCUAUUUGUCUAGCAAGGAACAGAGCCACACCUACCAAUGCACCUUUUGUUCCAAGAGCUUCAAGAGCAAGUACGAUUGGCAACGUCAUGAGAAGUCGGUUCAUCUACCUUUCGAGCAGUGGGUGCCAGCGGCGGCAGGAAGUCUGGGGUAUACCACCCUCGUGUGGCUGAGCCACACGGACCACCGUGGCUGGAACGGACCGCGGCAGCAACCUCCUGCUGCCUAA